AUGGACCUGCACAUCCUGGAGCACCGGGUGCGGGUGCUGAGCCUGGCCCGCCGCGGGCUCUGGCUCUACACCCACCCGCUGCUCAAGCUGCUCUUCCUGCCCCAGCGCUGCAGGUGCAAGUUCUUCAGCCUGACGGAGACUCCCGAGGACUACACCAUCAUGCUGGAUGAGGAGGGCUUCAAAGAGCUGCCGCCUUCCGAGUUCAUGCAGGUGGCGGACUCGACGUGGCUGGUGCUCAGCGUCGUCUCCAACGGCCGGGCGCCCUCCGGCUGCCAGGCCACCGGCGUCACCAAGAUCGCCAGGUCGGUCAUCGCGCCACUGGCUGAGCACCACGUCUCGGUGCUGAUGCUCUCCACCUACCAGACCGACUUCAUCCUGGUGCGGGAGCGGGACCUGCCGGUGGUGAUCCACACGCUGGCGGGGGAGUUCGACAUCUACAAGGAAGAGAGCGGCGAGUGCGUCCCCGUCACCUGCGACGAUGUGAGCAACGGCUUCCUCAAGCCCAAGCCGGCCGCCAGCCCCACGCUGCACCCCGUGCAGAGCCCCCAGACCCGUUUCUGCGUCCUGACCGUGGCCCCUGACACGCUGCCCGCCAUCGCCACCAUGCUCAUCGACGUCCUCUUCUACUCCCACAGGUGGCCCCCGAGGGAGGCUGGCGCCGGCAGCCAGGACCUCGACUCCAUCACCUUCUUCGCCUUCUCCCUCAUCGAGGGCUACAUCUCCAUCGUGAUGGAUGCUGAAACCCAGAAGCGGUUCCCCAGUGACCUGCUGCUGACCAGCUCGACGGGGGAGCUGUGGCGGAUGGUGCGGAUCGGCGGGCAGCCCCUCGGCUUUGAUGAGUGCGGCAUCGUGGCGCAGAUCGCCGAGCCGCUGGCCGCCGCUGACAUAUCGGCGUAUUACAUCAGCACCUUCAACUUCGAUCACGCCUUGGUCCCCGAGGAGGGCAUCGCCGAGGUCAUCCAGCUGCUGCAGCAGCGCCAGGAGAGCGGCAGAUAGCGGCCGGCUGUCCCCAGGCCGGGUGGCCCAGCGCGGUGGCACAGUGGGCUCCCCCUUCUCCCC